UCUUCCGGCAGCUGCUCCCAGAAACCUCCCAGAAGCAGAAGCAGCAAUGGCCACAGUGCCUGAUCUCUACGCAGAGUUGGAGAGCUACAGUUACAAGACUGACUACCCCUGGGAAACAGAGGGUCUCUUCUACAACCUCGAUCCUCUUCUCAGCCUCAAGAGAGGCCCCAAAUGCAAGUGCGAGGUCCCAGAAGAGUGUGAGGAAAAGAAAAGUACAAACAGCGAGCUGCUGACCGUUUUCAACAACUGGGUUGAAGAUGCUGUCUCCUUCACCAACUCCGCCAUCACUUUCAGAGGUCCUUCAACCUACAGAUACGCCUACACAAAGCAGCUCACCAUCAGGGAUGUAGAUCACAAGGGUUUCACCUUGCAAAACAUUCAGGGCCAGGCCCAGCUGAUGGCUUCGCACCUUCAAGGCCCCAAUACCAGCCAAGAAGAGAAAUUAAACCUGGAUUACUACUUCUCCACGCAGGGCUCCUCCAAUAGGCCUGUGGCCAUACGUCUCACGAGCAAGAAUCUCUGUCUGUGCUGUCCUGAUGGCAGCCCUAAGCUGCAGCUGGAGGAGGUGUCAGGGCCCAUGCAGGAAAUCAAAACUGAGUCUCAGAAGCGAUUCUUGUUCUUCAAGACUGAUGCCGGCAACACGUUCAGUUUCGAGCUGGCUGCUCACCCCGGCUGGUUCAUCUCCACCUCCAAGACUGAAGGACAGCCCGUUACAUCAGUCAAUCAAACUGGACAGGUGGCCAUCACCAAUUUCUUCACAUAUGACAGCUAAUCUCCAAUCAUUUGUGGCUGAUUCAAGCUAGUAUGUACCAUGUACAGACUCACACGAUUCCAACGCGUCCAUGUCAUACAUGCGGCUUUGGAAUGACCCCAUUGUAAUUCUCUAUGAACUUUGUUGUGCUAUUUAUUUUGUAUUUAUAUUGUGGUAACUUGCUUAUGAUCAGGGUGCCUCUGGGGGCUUUUAUUCUACCUGGAAAAGGACAAGAGAAGUUUCCAAAGCAAGUUCCUCUGAACUAAACCUGUGUGUUGGGAUAUUAGCAGUCAGGGAACAUUCCCAAGAGCAGCUACAUACAGCAGAGAAGACACAGAUGUCCUCUCUACCAAACUCAGGCCCCUCCAAAUCUGCCCUCACAGGAAGCAAGAUCCAGACUGCCACCCCUCUGCCAUGGUGCGAGGGAGUUGGAUACAUCUCGGGAAUACCAAUGUCGGUAUUCCUGUCUAUGGCUCUGAGAGAAGGAGCUCUUGGCCAGUGAAGUAAGGAGCAGGGAAACUGAGUCAUACCUUGUGAUCAUUGAUCUCCCCCAGGGUCACCUGAUUAGCUUAGAUCAGGGAUGGGCAAUUAUUUUCGGCAAGCCAUUGAGGGCCGCAUGACAGGCAGCCCAAGGCAGAUUAAAAUUAAUUUUCUAAGCUUUUUAGGGGCUCCACAGGCCGGAUAGAAUAGCCUGGUGGGCCGCAUCCAGCCCCUGGGCCGCACUUUGCCCACCCCCGGCUUCGAUUCUGAUGACUGACCUACGCCUUUCACUCCCCUUGCAACCGUCCCUCGCCAUCUGCCUUCUCCUGCAUGCAAAUGGCUGUGAUUCAGGCGGACCUGCUUCUGGGAUCAGACUAAGAGGAACAUAGUGACACCCUCAGCACAGCAAAAAGGGGGGGCAAGUGUCCAGAACUCCCCAACAGUCUCUUGAGAGCACCCAUAAACUAAAAACAAGAACUUUGGUCACUGACCCCAGGUGUGAUUCUCAAAUGCUUUACAGGCAUCGUGUGAGGUCAGGUCUCUAAUCCAGUCCAAAUCGACAUGAUUUUCCCCCCUCCAAAAUCAGUUUGUUUUUUUUUAAAUUAAACUCAGAUCCAUCAAAAAGUCUCCCGGCUCUUAAAAUUCCAGUUGAAACAAGGUUUUUCAGAGGCAGGCACUGAAGAAAUAAGCCGUCCUGCUGGAUCCUGCAAAUGUCAAUGCAUUUUGUGUCCAAAAUGUGGAGAACUUGAGGAUAAACUUGACUCCAAAACUGAUAGGUGACUAGAAUGAAACUAACUAUUAUAAGAGCAACUCCAUUUAAUAUAUAUAUAUAUUUAUGCUGACCUGUUUAAUACAUAUUUAUAUAAUAUCUAUCUAACGAAGAAUUAUUUAUAUGAGGCUGAUCUAUUUCAGACACAUUUACAUAACAAUGUGAUGAAGACUUUUUUUGUAUGAUGUUGAUCU